AUGAAGCUUAACGACGCACUCUUUGUGCUUGCUUCCCUGCUGCUUUUCAAUGUAGACAUCGUCUUUGCCACAAGAAACACUACCGCGAUAUUGCUUGAGUCUGCACCUUUAGAACCCGAAAACCUUCGAACAAAGACCGAUAAUCAUGGGACUGGCAAGGAGAACGAGGAUGAAGACAGGAUGAUGUCCGUAUUAGACAAUGCGGCUCAUGCCACUGAAAUCUCUACAGAAUCCGUCCAGCCUAAGAUCACACUGUUAGGGGUCUUCAAAGAUUUUGGAUUGGAACCUUUUCUCUUGAGCCCGACACUAACCCCAGAGGAUGCGAUUGAGCUGCUUAGUAGUGACAAUUACAUGUUUUGGUGCGUCAUAAUGAAACCAUUUGGAGAUGAAAAUUUGACGCCGGACCAGAUUGUGCUUCGACACUUGAGUGAACUGUUUCAAGGUAAAGAAGUUCUGCUGAUUGUAUGGGGACUCCAUCAAAAAGAAAGCGUUAAGGCAAAAAGGAACGCCGAAAAGCUCAAACUCGCGCUGUUUAAAGACAUGCGACACUCGAAGAAGAUUACUACGUACAAUGAUUUCAUUGCGAAAGUUUGGCCGAAGCAUUUAUCAACUGUGAAGCGUCGUAGAGGAGAUCCAACAGCUUGA